AUGGUCACUGGAGGGAGCACAACAGCCCCUUCAUCAUCACCAGGUGGAAACAAUGUUACUUCACAGGUCACACAGGAGAAGCCCUAUGCAAGUGAAACCACCACUUCAUCCUAUUCUACUGUCACAGACACACAGCUGACAACAUCAGAGAGGACGACACUUCCACCCUCCACAUACACCACACUUACUAACACAGAGGACACCUCAAUCUCUGCAACUACAACUUCCACUCCAGCCACCUCAGCACUCUCAGAGACAACUCAAGGACACGGAAACACAACAGCAUCCUCUUCCAGGACCUCAACUCAGGGUACACCAGCUUCUUCCCAGACCCACUUCACGGACAGCACUGGCACCACCAGGAAAGCAGAGACCAGCAUCGUCACUGGAGGGAGCACAGCAGCCCCUUCAUCAUCACCAGGUGGAAACAAUGUUACUUCACUGGUUACUGCAGAGACGCCCUAUGCACCUGAGACCACAAUUUCAUCCAAUUCUACUGUGAGAGACACACAGCUGACAACAUCAGAGAGGACGACAGUUCCAACCUCCACAUACACUACACCUACUAACACAGAGGACACCUCACUCUCUGCAACUACAACUUCCACUCCAGCCACCUCAGCACUCUCAGAGACAACUCAAGGACAUGGAAACACAACAGCAUCCUCUUCCAGCACCUCUACUCAGGAUACACCAGCUUCUUCCCAGAACCACUUCACCGACAGCACUGGCACCUCCAGGAAAGCAGAGACCAGCAUGGUCACUGGAGGGAGCACAACAGCCCCUUCAUCCUCACCAGGUGGAAACAAUGUUACUUCACACAUCACUGAGGAGAAGCCCUAUGCAGAGACACACAGCUGA